CAGCGCGCCGCCAGCGCCAGGCCGCCAGUUGGCCGGAGCGCGCGGUCGGGGCUGGUGGUCGCUGCUGCUGUUGUUCGGGUCGACUUGACGCGCGCGGGAGCAUGCCGGCGGACGAGGAGCUCAACUCGAUCCUGAGCCGGCGCCAGGCCAUCAACGACGCCAUGGGGGAGGGCAAGGACGUGGCGCACCAGUUCCGGCCCGUCAGGAAGAACAUCUACACGGAGUUCCACGAGUUCAGCCGGCGGCAGAUCAAGGAGUACGAGAAGACCUUCAACAAGUACGACGACGGCCGCGACGGCUUCCUGGACCUGGAGGAGAUGAAGAGGAUGAUGGAGAAGCUGGGCGCUCCCCAGACGCACCUCGGCCUCAAGGGCAUGAUCAAGGAGGUGGACGAAGACGGAGACAACAGGAUCAGCUUCAGAGAGUUCCUCCUGAUCUACCGCAAAGCAAAUGCCGGCGAGCUGGUGGAAGACAGUGGGCUAAGUAAACUAGCAAAGCUCACGGAGAUCAACGUGGAGGAAGUUGGCGUGGGAGGAGCCAAGAACUUUUUUGAAGCUAAGAUUGAGGAGCUGAACAAGUCCAGCAAGUUCGAGGAAGAGAUCCGCCAGGAGCAGGAGGAGCGGCGUCGGCAGGAAGAGGAGCGUGAGAGGCGGAAGGUUGCCUUCAAGCAAAAGGCAGCACUGUUCCAGAAUGGCAGCGCUGAGUCCUGAAACGUCCACGCUCGUUAAAGACUGUCAAGAGUGAGCUGUGUGUUUGAGGAGGGGACGCUGACCAUGUCGUUUUAGCUGAAAGCUAAUUUCUUUUAAUGUGUCACAUUUAAAAAUUAUAAAUGUGUGUUGUGUUACCUACUACAAUAUGAUGCAAAGCAUAUAGUGUAGUAAUUUUUUAAGUCUAAAAAUUUUAAUAUUUCUUGCAGUACAGGAGUUACACUAUUUUGGGUAACAUUUUUUUUAUAAUGAAGCUGCAUUGCUUAUAAGUUAUCCAGGUUGAUCUUAAUCUUUGUGCCGUGUCGAGGUGACAAUACCGCGCUUGGACGUGAUAUUGUAAAGGAACCCUGUGUGAAUGUGUUUGCACUACUGGUGCUUGCAAUUUGUUUUAGUUAAUGGGUGUGUAAAUAUUGUAAUUUACAGGAAUUAACACAAACUAUAAAUAUUGUCUAACUUUAUAAAUAUAUUAUAUAUUGGAGGGAGAAAAACAAGGGUGUUUGAUAGUAUUACAUAAUAAAUAAAGAACUUUAAUUCAAGUAACCAUUGUUUUAAGCCAUACUAUUAAAGUUUAAGUUUUACUGUAAACAAACAAAAUCUGCAAGUUCCUAAUUUUAAAAUCACAAUUUUUGAAAAUGAACUGGCUGAGUAAAAACCAUGAUUAUUAAGAAUAUGGUAGAAAAGAUUGUGUGAAGGCAAGGGGGGAUAAAAUGGUGAUAUGAAAAUUUCUGUUGAAACCUACUUACCAAGAUGAUUGUCGAUUGAAUUAGAAUUUUUGAUAUUUGGAAUUCCUUGAAAAAUAUAAUCUCAAACAUUUUUUCAGCACAUAUGAGUUCCAGCUAUUUUCAAUCCCACCAUCUUAUUUUCCUUUUUUUAAAAUUCUUAUCUCUGGUUGACUAUAUUAUGUAAGAUCUGAAACAUAUUUUGGAUAGCUUUAUCUUGGAACAUCCAUCACCUAUACUAAAAAUUUUAAGUAAGUGCUGGUGUUUGCACAGAGUAUGUGAGGGACAGAGAAGUGCUUAAGCAGAUUACACCUCUAACAAGUAUAUUAAAACUGAUCAUGUUUCUUCCCACAUUUUAUAUGUUCUGUUACACUGUAAUCCACCGGAAAAUAUUGCUACCACCAAAUUCUAAUGACUAGAUAUGUAGAUACUAGGACAUAAACAGAAAAAUUAGUGAUUUUCUUUACAUUCUUAUUUUGCUUCCUCUCAUUUUUCAUUUGAAUUAAAUUCUUAAGACUUCACAAAGUUAAUCCAUGUUGUACCAUUGUGCUACAGACAUCAGUAAUUUAGCUGUGCCAAACAAGACACUAGUAUUUUUGUAACUUACAUAGGAAACAGCUGAAUAGGACUUUCAAGUUCCAAACCUCGCAGAAUGAAAUAGUAUGGGUACAGUUAAAUUCAAUGAAAUUAAAAAAAAAUUACUUAUUUUAGUAUCUUGUAAGUAUUUCUCUUGAACCUGCUAAAAAAAAAAAGCUAUCUAAAAGAUAAUACAUAGUAAUAAUUUCUAAUAUGCUACUUUACAAUACCUCUACGUAUUUUGUGGUGAGACUGAAGGUUGCACCAGGCAUUUAGAUACCAUUCUGCUCUUUGAUAGAAGAUCAAAUGAUCUUUGGAUCAUGCCUCUAAACGUUGCACCAACACACACAGAGACUGCACCAUCAUCUCUCACGUGAACUGAAGUUUAUACAUUUCCAAUCUGCGACAACAGGUAGCAGCAGUGUCGAAGAAAUGUUAAGUGCAUUCCUAUUGGUGGGCUCAAAUUAUACAAGUCGCUACAAUUGAUUGACACAACUAGCCAAUGAUUGAUACUGUUGCCACAAGAUAGCAGUUUUACAUGUGGCCACUGACCAAAUUUUAAUGACUGAAAACUCAUACUGUUUGUUGUUUAAAAGUUAAUACAAAUAAAAACAGUUUGAAAUAUUAAUACAUUUUCACUAAAAAAAAACUUUCAUAUUUUAUAUGGAAAGUAACUGUGACUGAAUGAAUAGCUUAGCACACAUUUAAAAUGCUUAAAAUAGAGCAUUUCACGUGGCAAGUGGUGUUGUAACAUUACAAUAAGUAGCAGUUUUGAUACCUGUCUUAUAAAUGGUUUGAAAUUUUGUCAAAAAAAAAAAAAAAGCUGUAAUAUUUAAGUCUGAUUAAAUUAACCUGCAUAAAGUCUAUAAAAAUUCCGGACAUGUCUGCUCACUCAGGGUCAAUCCGAGAUCAUUGUGCAUGACCCGCCCUGAGCUUUAUAUUGAAGUUCCCAAUGAUCAUCGUUCAGCUUUCAAAAAAAAAAUUGUGUAACAGAAAUUGUGGUUGAAAUAUGAUCAAAUUUGUUUCCGACAGUAGAUCACACUUAAACUCUUAAUGGUGCAACUGGCCAUUAGAAAAGCAUAGUAUUUCUUCUGAUCAUUUCUAAGCAGAGGCAGAUUCUAGAAAUAACCUUUUGUUUGUAUCAGUCAGGAAUAAAAUAGCUCACAGAUGCAGACAAGAUGUCUUCAUAUUUAAUUCCAAAGUAGCUUAGUUAAAUGGGUUCCCCCCUUGCUAUUUACCUAAAAAAUUUCCCUGAAUUUUCCCUGUCUUUUCUGUCUAACCAAAAAGAAAUUCCUCUCAAUCAAUUUUGGAAGAAACUUAAUUACAUUAAUUAUAAAAACUUGAUAAAACACAUUUCAACCAUACAUAAAAUGUCAAAUUUACAAUAAUAUCUUUUAUGGCUCGAUAUACAAUUUGCAAUGUUACCACUUCCAUCGCUGCUACCCAUUCAAUAUUGUUAGUUUAUAAUAAAAGUAUUAUAUUUGAUCAAACUUUGAAAUAAUACAUUACUAGAUAGUGACCAUGUAAACAAGUAUCAACAUUUGAUCAUGUUUCAAAUCAUUACACAGUUGCAACAUGAAUUUUGGUUAAAAUAUAGUCUGGUUUAGUGACAUUGAUGGAUCACACUAGUAUAAAAAAUUACUCUUCAAGUUUGGUAACUAAAAUGUUGUGAAUUUCCCUGGUUUUCCCCCAGAUUUUUGGAGUAAUAUUUUUCAAUUCUCUCUUACUGGGAUCCUUGUAAAUUAGGGUGAAUAUAAUUGAAAUUACUUUUAUGACAUUACAUAAUGCCACAAACCACUUAAUUGAAAUAAACCUGAUUUAGAGAUUGACUUCCUGUAGUAAACGCUUUGUAGCAUUAUCGCAGUUAUCAGUGUGUGCUUAAUGUUUUUAAAGUUUUAUUAAAAUUUUUGUGUAGUUAAUGAAAAUUACAUAGGUUAAAUCACUGGUAAAAUGUGGAAUUAUCAGUUCAAAUAAUAAAAAAAACUAUGUAAAAUUAAACAUUUAUUAAUCAAUGUCUCACUUAAAAUUCACACAGGGAAAGUUUAAACUGUUAGUGCAAGGUAUAUAUUUUUAUAAGGUAGUGUUAGGUGCAUUUUAGGGUAAGUGUACUGCAGUGUAGAUAUUCGGUCCAUUGGACAAUGAAAAUGGUACCUCAGUUAUAACUUUCUGAUGUAAAUAUUAAGUAAUAACUCAUGUUUUGUAGUUGAUUUGUAUUAAGAGUUGAAAGCUAAAACUUUGUAUCAUGCAUGUAGUAAAAAAAAUGGUUGCAAACCUAACAAAAUGUUGUAAUUUAAGGUCACAAAUCCUGUAGUGUCAUUCACAAAGUAUUUUACUUGUUCCAAAUAAAGUGGUUACAAUUUA